UACAAUUGUUCCGUAUAUACUGUUUGUAUGUGUAAUAUGAACGGUUUUUGUUUUCAUCAAAAUGCAUGAUGAGAUUUCGAGGGACGACUAUUCUUCUGGUUGUAGUUGGAUUACUUUUGAUUUACAACUUUGUGAGAGUUCUUCUCAACAGCCCUGAGGAAAAAUGGAGUAUAAUUGACCUCUCAAAUCAAGAUGGAGAAGUAGCUGAGGUUGCCAAUAAAAAUGUUCAUUACUUCACUACAAAAGCAUCAAAACUUCAAAUAAGAAAAAUGGGAUAUAAAUAUGAAAAACGUUUACCAAAGGUCUUAGGAAUUGGAGUCAAGAAAUGCGGAACGACUGCAUUAAUGAGAUUCUUAGACUUACAUCCUGAUAUAGUUUUACCUAAUAACCCUGAACUUCAUUUCUUCGACACAAGUGAUUACAAAAAAGGUACUGAGUUUUACAGAUCAAAAAUGCCCUAUACUGCUCCACAUGAAAUUACAAUGGAGAAGUCGCCAAGAUAUUUCGUGCUGAGAGAUGUUCCACUCAAUGUAAAACGAAUGAAUCCAAAUAUGAAAUUAAUAUUAGUUGUCUGUGAUCCUAUCAAAAGAGCGUACUCGGAUUUUAAUUUUGAAUCUCAUAGAACCAUGAAGAGUCUUCUAAGAAUCCAGAAAAAUAUUCCAGCGCCGUCUAACUUUGAUGAUUUCGUGAAAGAUGUUUUAAAAUAUAUAAAAGAAAACGAAAGAGUGUUACGUCGAUAUUUCCCAUCAAUUGAAGAACAGAUCUUAAAUAGCUGGUCAACUUCGAGAUAUUACCUCACAAUACUAAAUACUGGAAUCUAUUCUGUUUAUCUGAAAAACUGGUUGAAAUACUUUCCGUUGGAACAAAUUCACAUCAUCAAUGGUGAAGAUCUUCUAACCGAUCCAGUCAAGGUUGUGCAGGAUACACAGAAAUUUUUGGGAUUGGAAAUUAAAGUUGAUGAAAGAGAUAUUGUGUUUGACAAAGCGAAGGGAUAUCAUUGUAUAAGAGUACAUAGAAAAGACAAUGCUGUGCAAUGUUUAGCGGACACAAAAGGCACAACAAGAAACAAAACAAUUUCUGGUAUGAUGAGCAAGGAAACAUUAAAUUCUUUGAAAAAGUUUUAUAACAAAUAUAACGAAGAAUUGUUUGAAAUUAUUAAUAAAAGAUUCAAUUGGACUUGAUGAAUUUUAUUUAUUUAUCUAUUUUUCUAUUUAUUAACUAUUUAUGUUUUUUCAAUAUCUACAUCUAUUCGUUCGUUAUUGACCGUGCAGUUUCGCUAUUCAAAAUAGGCUUCUGAAUGGAGUUGAUAUUCAGCUAAUAAAUUUUAAUAUUAUACAU